UGGUUGGCGAUGGAACAGAUAAAGUUUCGUUUCGGCAACAUUAAUUUCAGGAUUGUUUUAAUGCAACCUGAUGAUGAAAUCGUAUUUGCUUGGCAGAAAAAAAUGUCUUGACUGGUCACAGAACGAAUAAGGUAAACAACAGCAAUAAUUCCCAACAAUUUUGAUAUCAUGCUUUGAAAUAUAUAUAUAUAAUUUUAGUACAAUGUAAUGCUGAACUGAGAUGUAAACAGAAAAAGAGGGAAGAGUGUUUGAGAAGAAGACAAAACAGCUUUUAUUUGUAAAUAGUUGUCACCUUUUAUUGAUUUCCUUGCCAUUCGAGUCUGGAUUGUUAUUAAAGAGAUUCAACUAUUUCUCUCUCUCUUUGACAUUCAAGUCUUUCAGCAAUUCAGGAGAAUGCGUCUGGAUUCAUAAAAUACUUUAACGCGUACAUUCUUCUCUUAUCUCUCUUUAGUUUUUUUUUAUUUAAAUUUAAAUUUUCUUCUUAUCGAAGCAACAACUAUGUAAGGAGGAGAAACCUGUUUGAUUGGGGACACCCCCUUUUAUAUAUAAACAAAAAAACAAACAAAAGAAGAAGAAGACAAAUAUAUAUUCUUGGAAAUUCCAGCUUAUAAUGGAUGAAUGGUGAUGAAGGAAAAGACAACACAUUUCUAUGUCUGUGGUUUAUUUGAACAUUCUACCUGUUCGCAAUUUACCCUGUUGCUCGAUCUUGAAACAUUUGCCGCAGAAAACAACGGAAAUAGAUCCGAGAAAAGACAAGACAUUUAUAAGCAAUCUGUGAUUGUACUGUGCUUUACUUGAAGCCACUGACGGACCCAAAAUGAUGCUCAUAUCUGGUAUUUGCUGAGGUUUUGUGAAAAAGUCAGUUAUAUAUAAUGCAGGAAACACAGUAUAAGAGCUUCAAAAGUAAAAGGAAAGUUUGCAAAAUAGUUUUAAAAAUAAUUGCAGGAAAAGGAAACCUCUGAAUAAAUAUAUAUAUUAUACACGCAUACCCCAGUAUGUCUCUUUUUCGGAAACUUCUUGGUGGCAAUGAGCCGAUCAAACCAGCAACUCCACCCGGACACCAACCCAUGGGGGCCCAACUUCAGCGAAAAUUCGCAAAAGGAGUUCAAUAUAACAUGAAGAUUGUGAUCCGUGGUGAUCGAAACGUUGGUAAGACAUGUUUGUUCUACCGACUGCAAGGAAUGAAGUUUCGCGAAGAAUAUAUUCCAACCGAUGAGAUCCAGGUGACCAGUAUCCAGUGGAAUUAUAAAGCUACGGAUGAUGUUGUUAAAGUUGAAGUUUGGGAUGUUGUCGACAAGGGAAAGAAAAGGAAAAAAAUUGAAGGUUUAAAAAUGGAAAAUGUUGAUCAGAAUAUGGAAGACCAUUGUCUCGAUGCUGAAUUUGUAGAUGUUUACAAAGGUACAAACGGAGUUAUCAUGGUAUAUGAUGUCACAAAACAAUGGACUUUCAGUUAUGUUGAGCGUGAACUUGGUAAAAUCCCAAGCCAAAUCCCUGUUCUGGUGUUGGGAAACCACAGAGACAUGGGACACCAUCGUGUUGUCUUAGAAGAUAAAGCUAUUUAUUUCAUAGAAAGUUUAGACAGAGGUAAAGAUGCGGCCCAAAUACGAUAUGCUGAGUCUUCCAUGAGAAAUGGAUAUGGUCUAAAGUACUUACAUAAAUUCUUUAACUUACCAUUCCUUCAAUUACAAAGGGUCACUUUGCUGAAGCAGCUGGAGAUCAAUUCAGAAGAUAUUCGCUCCACAAUUGAAGAACUCAAUAUCCAUGAAGAAUCAGAAGAGCAAAACUAUGAUAUAUUUAUAGAUAACCUCUGUGCCCAGCGGCGACAACAACAAGAAAAGCUAGCUGAGAAAAUUAUGGAAGAAGCCAAACAAAGGCAGGCUGAGUUAGCUGCCUCUGGCGUCAUAACAAAUGGGACAACAUCACAGCCUGUUUCUCGGUCAGCAUCUGCCAAUUCUUUACCUAAAUUACCAACAUCCCAGUCUUAUUCUCAUUCCUUACCUGGUUCCGUUAUGCAAAUGCCCCCUGCUUCUCUGCAGUCCCCUACAAAUCAGCCGCCAGCCUGUAAUGGUGGAGGUGCAGCAGGAGGAGGAGGAGUGGCCAUAACUGGAGGAGCUGGAAAUACAUCUUCCUCUGCUGGCAGUACACCCCAGGCAGAGCCCAAAACUGGCUUCUUUUCUCGGAUAUUUGGAAACAAGUUGCAGUUAUCCACCCCAGAUGUGAACAGUCAAACAGCUGUGGAAGUUAAUGUUGAAAAGGCUGUGAAAAGUGUUGAGGAAUUUAUUCCAGAUGGUGAAGAACUGGACAGUAGCUUUCUGGAUGAUACGAAGGAUCAUCGAAUGACUGCUUCAUGUAAUCCAGCUAAUAAUAAAGACAAAGAAAGUGACAGUGAUGAAGACUACAGCGGCAAUCCUAUGGUAGCGGGUUUCCAAGAUGACCUUGACUCUGAGGAUGAAGUAACUCUGAAGAACGCUGGCGAUAGUAACAACAGCAAGCUCCAUAUCACGCCAAACCUUGAUAUCUCCAGUGAUGAAGACAUUCUCAUUGUUCCAGUUGCGUCCAAGAAGCUCUCUCUUUCUGCCAGUAAGGACAACUCCAACGAUAGUAAGAAGUCAACCAAUUCCUCCUCUUCCAACUCUUCUACAACUUUCUCACAGAAGGCCAACCGGAAACUCUCUUCAGAAUCAGAGCCUGACAUCUCUGACAAAGUCCAAAUUGCAGGUAAAACAAUCAAAGAGCCGAGAAACGAUGAGGAGCAACAUUCAGAAGAUAACGAAGAUGCAUCACAACCUCAUGUGGCCCAGGAUAUUGAAGAUAUCAGUGAAGAUGAGAACUCAAAUGAUAUGCCCAACAGUCUAACACAGAGUUCAGCAGAGAUCCAAGGUAGUCACUCGAUCCCAUCAAUAGAUUUAACAUACGAAGAUCUUAGCAUUUUGGAGAAAGGAUUUAAUUCUUCAGCAAAUGCUGAUUCUUCCAUUUGGACCCCUGGAGAUACAGACCAUGACUCUGUAACAAGUGAGAAGAAAAAAAAGAAGAAGAAAAAAGAUAAAGACAAAGAUGAAGAAAAGUCAAGUAAAAAAUCCAAAAAGAAGAAAGAAAAAGGUCGAGAGUUGAGUGGAAGCAAGGAAAGUAGCAGCAGCAGCAGCAGUGGAAAAGUAAAGAAGAAAAGCAAAAAAUCCAAAGAAAACCAGAAAGAACUUGGACAACUGGAAGCUUUUCUUGUAGAAGAUAAUGUCAGUGAAGAGUUGACGCCAAGACCAACAACAGCCACUGGUGAAGAUUACGAGUCUCUUUGAAUAUGGGCAGCUGAGAAGAUGGAUACUUUUUAGGAAGAUUUUGAUAAUCCGUAUCUUAUCUCCCCUCCCACCACUCUCAUAUCAGCUGAUAACAAGAUACAUGUCUGGACAAAUAUAUACAUAUAUGAUGCAAAUUUUAUAAAUGAUAGUUUAUAUAUGUAAUAUAUAAUGUGUAUAUAAAAAGAAACAGUAUAUAACGUAAUUAGAUAUGUAUUUAUGAUGUAUAUAUAUCAUAAAUACAUAUGUUUAUAUAUGCAUAUAUAUAUAUAUGUAAAUACCCAUAUCUAUACGUUUGUGUAUGUGUAUACACUAAUAUUGACUUAUAUACAUAUAUGUAUACUUAUAUGGAUGUGUGCGUGUGUGUAUAUAUAUAUAUAUAUAUAUAUAUAUAUACACACACACACACGCAUAUAUGUAUAUGCAAUUUUCUAUUAAAUGCAUGUAAACUCAAAUGACUAUUCAGAACCGAAAUGGGAAGUGCUGAGUCUCUGGUCUUCAUGAAUUUCCUCAGUUUUCUGGCUAAACAACUCUUCUGAGCUUACAUUCAUCUGACUUAAAAUUUUCAAUACAUGGUAUAUACUUCUGUAUGUGUACAAACAUAUAUAUAUACACACACACACAGAUACUCAUAUGCAUAUAGACAUUAUAUGAAUCAUACGAGAGAGAAGAAUUAUUUCACCUUGACUGCCAUGAUUUACAAAUAAAACUUCAAAAAUAAUUCAGACAUGCUGACAUCAUUUAUAAUGUGGAGGUUGAUGGGAGAGAAGAGAAAAAAACUUACAAGUUAACAAAAGAAAAGAAGAUAAAAAACAAAAAAAUGAUUCAAAAGUUAAACUACCCUUUUUUUCUUUUUGAAUAUUUUUAAAUUUUAAUUUUUUAUGUUUUUUUUUGUUUUUUUUUUCCCCCAAGUGUGGUAUGUGAAGAAAGCCUGUCUGUAUCAAUGUGUUUCUAUUGCAGCAUGAAUAAAUGUGUCAGUAUGUAUGUGUACAUGUCCAUGUAUAAAAGGAUUAAUUAAAGCUAGAAUGAGCUUUUAUUAUCAAUAACAA